AUGAAACGAACAGUCAGUCUUCUCAAACAUGUGCCGAAAACGAGCAAUUUCGUCAGAGCACAGCAGUUCAGUUCAGCUGUCGAAUCGCAGAAAAAGACACAUUUCGGGUUCACAGAUGUCGAUGAAUCCGAGAAAGAGAAGAAAGGUAAUUGUUUUUCAAAAAUUUUCACCCUCAAAUUCUCAAAAUUUCAGUGCAUGACGUCUUUGCAAAUGUAGCGAAGAAAUAUGACCUGAUGAAUGAUGCAAUGAGCAUGGGAGUGCACAGAUUGUGGAAAGACUACUACGUCGGAGGGCUCCAGAUUCCGUACAAUGCAAAGAUUCUCGAUAUGGCUGGUGGAACAGGAGACAUCGCUUUUCGACUGCUCAGGCAUUCCCCGACCGCCAAAGUAACUGUUUCGGAUAUCAAUCAGCCUAUGUUGGAUGUUGGAAAAGAGCGUGCGAACAACGAAAGAGACGUGAGUCUUCAAGGUUCUCAAAAUUUCAAACGAUGUGCUCGUUUCAGGUUCAAACAUCCCGUUUAGAAUGGGUUUGUGCCAACGCAGAGGAAAUGCCUUUCGAAUCGAACACCUACGACCUUUUCACAAUGUCAUUCGGAAUCCGCAACUGUACUCACCCAGAGAAAGUAGUCGGAGAAGCGUUCCGCGUGCUGAAACCGGGCGGUCAACUGGCGAUUCUCGAGUUCUCCGAAGUGAAUUCAGCACUCAAACCCAUCUACGAUGCGUAUUCGUUCAAUGUGAUUCCUGUGCUCGGAGAAAUUCUAGCCAGCGACCGAUCCAGUUAUCAGUACCUCGUAGAGAGUAUCAGAAAAUUCCCUAAUCAGGUUUGUGAUUAGGAUUUAUAAUGAGUUUGUAUUUAUUUGUUCCAGGACGCUUUCGCUCAGAUCAUUCGGGAGGAAGGAUUCGGAAACGUCCGUUACGAAAACCUCACUUUCGGAGUUUGCUCUAUUCACAAGGGAACGAAGCCCCGAAAGUCUGCAUAG